UAAAAGUUGGAAGGGAGUUAACUUUCGUUCUAUUCCGUUACUACAGUAUUAACGCCUUCUUCAUUGUUACUACAGCAGUUCUCGCCGGUUGAGUAGCAUCCCAGAAAAAAAAACGCCCCGUUUCAUGCGUGUGCUGGAUUUGCCGCUGACACGAUUCAUCCUUCUUCCCCACGCAACUGCUGUUUGACACGCAUCUAUCCUUAUUUCUGUUUUGCUACAUCUUUCCUGGCCUUGUUUUUUCCAUCCAUCUGGUCAUUCGGCUCUUUCCCCCUUUAUGGCUAUCUUUGUGAGCUUCUUUUACACCAACCCAUCAGGCGGGGAGCUGUUUGAGCGGAUUUGCAAUGCUGGCCGAUUCAGUAAUGCCGAGCAGGUAUGCCACCGAGACUUGAAAUUGGAAAACACAUUACUUGAUGGAAGCCCAGCUCCGCGAUUGAAGAUAUGUGAUUUUGGGUAUUCAAAGGAAGAAGCCGAAGAUGUGAAAGAGCCACACCAGGCUGUUUACAAAGACGACAAGCUUAGGACAACUCCUGUAAUUGAGAUUGAUAGGUCUGGUCAGCCCAAUAGAACAACAAAUUCAUCCUCAAGAGAAAAUAGUGUGUGGUAGUCCAAUAUCAUCAUAUAGUAUAUAGUUUAUCUGUUUGUUUGUUGAGAGUGAUGGAUGUUGAAUUUUGAUAUCUGUUUUGUUGUGCGAAUGAUGGGUGUUGUUCGUUGUUUGUUUUAGAUCCGGUGUAGUUAUGGUGGCUUCUUUGGCUGGAUGUCCUUGAAUCUGUUUCAGGUCUUAAAGAUUUGUCGAAAUGGAGUGUGUUGGAUAAUGGGGCUAAACAACUGUAAGUUUUAGAUUCUGUUACUAAAGGUUUAAUUAUGCAAUGGAUAUUGUACUCCUAUACCUGCUUCAUUUUCAGGUCAUGCUAGAGGUUUAAUUAUGUAAUGGAUAUUGAAAGAUGUAUCAUACUAGAGGUUUAAUUAUGUUAUCAAGGUAUUAUAUUUAUUUGCUAGGGGAAGAGAAAAUAAGGGUCAAUGGACCUUUAAUAAUCUUAUUUGUUUAGGUUAUCUUACACUUGCUACUUUAUAUUAUUUAUGUAUAUCCCCUGCUUAUGUAUAUCUCUCAGCCUCCAUGGAGUAUCGAGCGGCUCCAAUAACCAUCAAUGGCCCCUCACCCCGUUAACUUCAGCUAAGAUUUCUUCUUCUUUUUAUUUUGUUUCCUCUGAUUUCUAUUUUGAGGAUCAAGCAGAUCAUAGAUAACCAUCAAGAAGAGGUUUGCAUCGCUUCCCUUGUGUGUUGAAUUAGUUCUUCGCCAUUUAUCGAGUUCUUCACCAUUUAUCGCUCCAGGAGUUCAGAAGUCGGGGAGCACUUGUAUUAUAACAAAAUCCAUUAUUCAGGAAUCUAAGUAGUGACCAGAUAGAGGUUCAGCCGUUCAGGUAAGCCAUAUUCGUUCUCCACCCCCGAACAUGGUCGUGGAGUUGCCGCCAUCGCUCUGUCCUAUGUCAUGAGUUACAGUGGUGAGGUAAUUUCUCUCCGUUUCUCUCUAUUCGUUCUCCAAGCCUAGCAUCAGCAAUCCCGAGUGAGGUAAUUUCUCUCCAUUUAUUCUUCUAUCUAUGAGUUGCUCCUCUAUCCACAAAAUGAAAUUCCCGGCCCUAUUGCUUUAGAAAUUAGAAGUUUUUCUAACCUUUGUAUGAAAUGGCCUAAAUUAUUGCAAUAUAAUUGUGAAGCUGGUUUCACCCUUUUGGUUGAUUUGACGUGCUUGCCCGAAUUUGUACUUGUUUGUCCUAUAAAUAUAAUUUUCCUAAUGUGGGCCUUUUCUUUGGUGUUGCCGUGUUUCCCUUGUGCUUUAUGUUGCUAUGUUACUGCUGAAUUUGAAAAUGCUUUAUGCAUUUUGUUUCUGAUUUCAAUAAAAUGAGGUGUGUUCCUUGAGAAAAUAAAGACAAUAAAUUGUUGGGUUUAUAUGUUGUGGUGUGCAGAGAAUCUUCUCCUUCAUAGGGACAAAGUGUUGAUUGGUUUUAUGUUUACGGUGGGUGUGUAAAGGGCAUUUCAGUUUGUGUUAUAGAUGUUUUAGAGGCGAAUUCCUCAUCUCCUCUUCAAGCCUAGAGAUUGGGUUUCUUCCUUUGUUUGAUAUUUCCUUCAACUGAUUACCUGGAUGCCAAAUUCAUUGGCGCUUCAUGCCUUCAUAUAGAUAAUAUGAAAAGAAAAAAUUCAGAAAUAUUUGGAAUUAUUAUACCUUACUAUGUAAAAAACUGAAGCACUCUAGGUGUUUGUGGUUUUUCUUGGUGAAUAUUUGUUUGGUUAUUUUCCUUUUCUCAGCUAAUUUGCACUGUGUGGGUCACUGAAUGCGCACAUCUUGAUACUCCCACCUCCCGUGCUUGCUAAUUUAAAAAUAUAAACUUAUGCCUCUAGAAUUAGCGUAAAAUAGACAGUCAUUCCCUUAGGAAAUGCAUUAUGAUCAUUAUUCUGCCUUACUUUCUCAUGAUAAUGUUACUGAUAUCCAUGACAUUAUAUCUUAUCUGCAGAAUACCGGUCCUGUGAAUACUAACGAGUGCAAUAAACUCUUUUUGGCCCAUGUUACCAAAGAUAAACUUAAAAGUGCUAUUUUUGGCCUUAACAAAACACAUUACUCUCCGGAAUGAUGACUUUGAUGGUUAUUUCUACCAAGCUCCCUAUGACAUUAUUGAAUAUGAAUUAUUAAAUGUUGUUAGGGAGUUCCUCUGUGGGGAACCUAUUCCCAAGUCUAUUGGUCGCACUCUUAUUUCUCUUAUUCUAAAAGGAAAAAAUGCCUAUCAGUUUUCUAAAUUCAGGCAUAUUAGUCUUAAUAACUUAUAAACAAAAUUUUUACUAAGACUAUUACUACCCAGAUUGCCGCAUUUUUGCCCAAAAUCAUUUAUGAUGGACAAUCAGCCUUUCAAAAAGGAAAAGAUAUUUCUGAUGGUAUCCCUAUCUCAAGAGAUCUGUUUAUAGGGUGGAAAGGACCAUGCCACCGCUGGGUACAUUUACACUCAACUUUCCCCUACUGCUCGAUUUUUGUUUCACAAAGAUGACACAAUCCUUGACUACUUGAAUAACGAUGGCUAGCCCAUUGAGCCUACUUGGUAUCCAAAUGUAGACUAUAGUAUAGAAACAUUUUGUUUGAUUACAAUAUAUACAAUAACAAAUGAAUACUUAAAUGACUAAAUAGUUUGCUAUUUGGACCAGAGGUAAGUCGCAGUCAUUCCAAUGAUUGUCAUUAACUGUUGUGAGGGAAUAGGGACAGGUUGGAGCACAUACAUCUCAAAUUACAAUCCCAGGGAUAUUAUUGAAACAUGAGGUGCUUGUUGAAUUAUGAACCAAUGAAGCCCAUGGAUCCAUGGUAUAAUGGUUUUCCAGGAACCAUAGAGAAAACAGCAACCAAAGCAGCUGGGGUUAGGUAAACCAUUACUGUAAUCAUUAAUUAAGGAGGUUGAUGGAACAACACUAAAGAUUAUAGAGUUCCAUUCAGAGAGGGGCCGAAGAUUACAAGCAUUUUCUAACAUCAAUGAUGGUUGUAAAUGACAAGGUCAAGGAUCCUUUCAUAAAGGUCCUCUGUGGUGGUAGUUAUGGUCUUAUGGAGCCGUGUGAUGGUGCCCUAAGUGUUGCAAUCAUAAAUUCAUUGCCAUGGGACUAUUUGCUUUGCCAUAUGAUAGGGUUGUUGAGAUGGUUGGGGAGCCUACUGGCGCACACAUAGGAAUUGAGUUCACUGCCUCUCACCUGAGCUUUUUUUUUUCGUGACAUCAUUGUCGUCUUUGAAAUACAGAUCAUUCGCCACCAUUGGGCAUGACAACCGCGCAGCGUGCGGUCCAACGCUAGUGUUAUUAUAUAGUUGGAACGUUAGGAGCACUUCUCUAGAGUUCGUAUACCGUGGUAUCACCCCACGGUGAGCACCGUGCUCCCACACCCAAAACGACGUAGUUUUGCACAAUUUUUUUAAAAAAAUUUCGCGUGAACAGUAACGCGUGAACAGUACACGCGUGUACAAUAACUAUUUUUUUGGCCCAAUAGUAUGAAUGAUGUAACUCGCGUGUAAAGAUAUGUAACUCACGUUAUUGAUCAAUGUAACUCAAGUUCAUUCGAAAUGUAACUCUCUUUUUCAAUGUAAACAAUGAAAAAGAGAGUUUAAUUGCACAAUUACUUUAUGUAAAUCUUAAAUAUGUUUGGUUUUUAAUAUCAUGACCUG